ACAAAAAAUUAAACAACAACAGUACUCCCGUCAAUAACACACAACAAAGCAAUCGCGCCGAAUCCACACACAAUUGAAACCUAGUUUAAAGAGAGACGAAAAAAAACGUACGCUGAAAAAUUCGCAAACAACAUCAACAAAAUCUAUGUUAAGUGUGUGUACAUGUACACACGACGAAAUUCCAAUUCGGAUUUUUUUCAGACUCACAUAGCAUUGACGACGACGACGACCACGACCACUUUUUUCAUUCGAAAAGUCAUUGAAUUCACCAUUUUCAGUCAACACAACACCAAAAUUGAAAACAACAAACAUACCAUAUUUGCAUCAAUUUUUUUGUUUUAUUUGAUGCAGUCAUGAGUGCAGCGGAUGAAAAUCGAACGGAAAAAAUUCAAGAUGGUUUUCAAAUCAAUUGGAUGAUUUUACGUGAUGCCGAUACGGGCAAAGUCAUUUGGCAAGAGAACAAAGAUUUGUCAUCGUCAGGUGCUGAACACAAAGCCGAAAUACCAACGAAAAUUUUGGAUCUGCGAGCCGUGUCACGCGAAAUCAACUUUAGCACCGUUGAAUCCAUCGAAAAUUUUCGACUCGAUCAAAAAAUCCUGUUCAAAGGGCGCAUUAUGGAAGAAUGGCUCUUCGAAAUGGGCUGGGUUAGUCCAAAUACAACAAACACAUGGCAAUCAACCAUCGAAGCAGCGCCGGAAUCUCAAAUGAUGCCAGCCAAAGUAUUAAAUGGCAAUGUGACGAUCGAGACGCAUUUUUACGAUGGUGAUAUGCUGAUAACGAAAUCGGUGGUUCGUCUCUACUACGUCUAGAAUGCAAAAUGGGUUCAAAUCAAAGAAUUCUUUCGUAUCAUUGCAGCAUUUAAAACCAUCAGAAGAAACAAAAAUUUAGUUGUUAAGCACACGAAAAAAAGCUCACAAAUCAUUUAUCACUACGAACAAUCACUUUAUAAUGAAUAAUAUUUUAUUAUGUUACACGGCGAAUCGGUGAAACAACGGCUCGUUGCGUGAACAAUGACGAUUAAUUUUUUUGACAAAAAUUUAAUGCGUUCGCAUGUUGCAAAUCAACCAACCAACCAACAAAGAAACAAACAAAAAUAUAUUUGCAUUUAUGUAAAACAAUCGGAGCCUUAAUAUAUAUAUGUUAACAAUAUGACGAUUUUUUCAUAGCCUAUACCAAGACGAUAUAUACCCUCUAUUUUGUUGCCCGACGGCUGUUUCCCUUUUUUUAAGUCAAAACAAUCACCAAUUCAACCAGUUGAUAAAAAAAAAUCGAAAUUAUUUAUUAAGAAAUGUGACAAUUUAAAAAAAAAAACAUUUUUAUUAUUUUUUAUUCCAUAAAAAUUGAGAGAGAGAAAAAGUUUCAAUAAAAAAAUUACAAAAAAAUUAUCAA